GAUGCCCGUCCUAUUUGGAUUUAUGUCGUGCCAAUCCAAUAUAAGCCCCUAUUUUAUUUACCUUUUCUAUCUAAUUUGUUUUCUUACCAUUGUAUUUCCAUUGACAAAGGUCAAGUGAACAAAUAGAAUUUGUAGAUAGAUAGGUCUCUUUAUCCUCCUACAAAUCUAUCUAUCUAUUAUAUUAUUAAAACAACAAACAAUCAAUGGUGAAGAUUUAUCCAUCCGAAGCCAUAAGAUCUGAAUGGUUGAGAUAUAUGGACUUGGCACCUAACCGUGUAUAUGCGCGUGGGCGGUUGAGGAAAUUCUUUAUGCACCACAACAAACAAACAAUGGUGAAGAUUUAUCCAUCCAAAGCCAUAAGAUCUGAAUGGUUGAGAUAUAUGGACUUGGCACCUAACCGUGUAUAUGCGCGUGGGCUGUUGAGGAAAUUCUUUAUGCACCGUAUGUAUUAGAAACUUCAAAAUAGAGGUUAGUUAAAAAAACCAGAUUGAUCCAUCCUUAUCUCUACCCAAAAAAACCCAUAUACGGAUCUGGAGAUGAAGUAACAUUGUCGGCAAGCAUAAGACCUCUAACCGAUGAGAUCGUGCAACAAGUUCUAUCUCGAUUGCUCGGAUGAAGCUAGCUCGACGGAACAAGGGCGAUCUCACACCAACACGAUUCUGACGAACACACAACUUCUCCAGCGGCUGUCACCCAAGUUGGCUUUUCCAACGCCAAGCCUGGAAUCCUUGCGCCGCCCCACCACUCAAUUGUAUUUUGGUCACAUCAAGAUGAAUGAGAAGAGAGGGUUUCAACAAAUCAACCGUCAAAGCAACACCGUUCAGUCUUGAGUCGAUAGACGCGGAAAUACGGACAUUGGCGGCGGCCGGAAUUUCGGGCAGACACAGAAAUAGGUAGCUUGCAAGUCGUUCAUAUCCAGCAGUUUUGAAUCUCUGUGCUGAUCUAUCAGGGCCGAGUAGUCCGGCGAGCUGUCCAGCAGUCGGGCUACAUCCUAAGAAGCCUCCAACAGAUCCGUCUAAAAUCUCAUCAUAUCUCAGGUAGACAAUGCACUCUAUUGUUUCUUAAUCAGAUAGAAAGCUACUCAAUUGACUCACAUCACGACAUGCCUCCACGGAUGGUAUAUUCUUGGACGGUUCAAUUGCAUAGGGUCUAGCUAACUUGAUCUUCCGGUUAUUUAUUUUGCACAUAGCUGCAUACCUCUCACGUUUGAUUUUAUGCCCAUGGUGGACUAUGGUCGGUAGAAAGCAUCUAGCAAUUUGUUUUUUACGCAGAUCCUAUCCUCAGGUUGUGUAAAAGAGUAGAGGCAGCUAGAUUAGAAUUUUAACUGCAUUAGCGCUGCAUGGUUCCCGGUAUCCUGCCCUAAUGUUAAACAUGCCAUUCUCAGGUAAGGGCUCAGAACUUCCCAAUCAGAUUGAUAUGUGUGUCAUUCCUCAGCUACCAAAAAAGCAAUUGUUUUGUUUCCUUUGAUCAUGGUGGCCACCAGUGAAACACCACAUGUCCGGCUACUCCUCCAUGUGAACAAAAAAAGGGUCGACGGCUUGAGAGCCAUCUAUGCCAUGAAGGAACACAGCAUAUCGAAACAUUGAAGAGGAAUUUGGGGAAAAGGUUUUGAUUCAUUCGAUUAUGUUACAAGAAAACUGGAUUUGAUUCGAGGGGAAUUAGCCAUGUCUUCUCAAAACGCAAACCAUCGGCCAGACCCAACACACUCCAUCCGAAAUUCAUGUCAUGUCAGCCACUUGCAGGUCGACGACGCGACUUGCAGGUCAUUGUGGUAAAUAUUCAAGUCAUCAUGCGGGUGAAUAUUCAAGCCAUCUCAUCAUCGAAAAUCUGAACUUUGAUGAAGAUUCAUGUAUCACGCACAUCAACGACAAUCCAAGUCACCAAGCAACAAGAGACAUGAACAUCGGAGUCAAGCCUAACCUUCAGAGGUAAUUCUCAACUGAAUCAUCAAGGCCACAACACUGACAAAAAUGGAGAAUGAGAUGCAACGCACAGGGAACAUGAAAGACAAAAAGGAUGGAUACUUCAUUGAAGAGAAAGGAACAAAUAGUAAAAGGAAAUAUAAGAGAUGACAGCGAGAAUGACCUUGAAAGUAAUACUGUAGCCUCAAACAACAACACUAUCUGUAAGUUAUAAUAGUGUGAUAUAUAUGUUAGGGAGACAUCCUCCCGUGCGGCUAACCAAGAUUAGUUAAGGAUAUUUCUCGUGUAACAAUACUUGUAAACUUGACUUGUACCUCAAGUUCUUGUGCAUAUAAAUAGAAACAGAGGGAGAGGAGACGUGCCAUCGAGCAGCCCAUUGUUUCAUGGUAUCAGAGCGGGUCAUCCUCCCCGCCGCCUAAACCCCUCCCUCCCUCUCCAAAACCCUAACCCUAGCCGCCAACCUCCCUCCCCUCUCCCACCAUGACUCCCGAAGAGAUCGCAGCCAAGGAGCGCGAGCUCGAGGCUCGUGCCAAAGCCCUAGAUGACCGCGAAGCCUCCAUCAACCAGCAGAUCAUCGCCGCCACCAACGCCGCCGCCGUCUCCCUUCCGGCUGGCCAAACCCCUUCCCCAAACCCUAACCCAACCGAACCCACCACCACCAGUCCCUCCACCUACGCCACCUCAAUCAAGCUCCACGUGCCGAUCACCCUCAGCCUCACCGACGGCAACUACACAAGUUGGAGGGAGCUCUUCCUCGUCGCUCUCGGCCGCUACGGUCUCACCGCCCACGUCACCGGCGAGGCCAUUCCCUCCGACACGUCUCCUACCUCUGCUUGGGGUCGUGAUGACUACACCGUGCUCUCCUGGAUCUACGGCUCCAUCGACACCGACCUCCUCGGCAUCGUCAUGCGUCCUGGCUCCACCGCGCUCACCAUCUGGGACGCCAUCGAGAAUCUCUUCCGCGACAACAAGAAGCACCGCGCCAACCAGCUCGAGGCCGACUUCCGCAACACGCCACAAGGCGAUCUCUCCAUCAGCGACUACUGCGCCAAGCUCAAGAACCUCGCCGACUCCCUCACUGACGUCGGCCAGCCCAUCAGCGACGAAACGCUGGUUCUGACGCUCCUCCGAGGCCUUAAUGACACUUACGCCCAUCUGCGUUCGUUUCUCCCCUUUCAGGUGUUGUUCCCCUUGUUUCUUCAGACGCGCUCCGCCCUCAUCCUGGAAGAAACUCAGCGGCGCACCGACGCACGCAACGCUGCCUCCACCGCACUCUGGGCCAUGGGCCAGAGUGUACUGCCCAACAAUGGGGGCGCCCGCGCCCCUCCUUCUGGCGAUCGCUCAUCGCCUGCUCCCUUCGGGGGCGAUCGCGCCGGCGGCCGCGGCACCAACUACUUCACCAACACCUUCCGCGGCGGAGGCCGCGGACGCGGCAGCGGACGAGGACGUGGGCGCGCCCGCGACAACCCCUGGCAGUUCAAUCCCUAG